AAAAUUUGGGAAAAAAUGCCAUCUGGAAUUCGUCAUCUGCAGAGAGGGUCUGGGUUCCUCUUGGUUCAGUUCAAAUCGGACCGAAAUCGAGGUUCACUUUUGCAAAUCCAACAUGGCUUCCUGGAUUUCAGGAAGGCCUUUCGGCUCUCCACAACUUUAUCACUUAAAAGACCACCGAUAUUUAAUUCACUAGAAGAGAUCGGUAAAAUGGCAAGGCAUAGAAAUUACAGGAAUUAUGCUUAUGAAGACGACAUGUCUGAUGAUGUUUAUGGACAUUCAGUGGAAGACCAUGACAUGGCUGUAUCACCAACAACUGCUGAGGAGUUUAUGUUCAGACGUAGCAACAGUCGGGAUUCAAGUCUCUCUGCCUAUAUGGCUGGCAGGUUCGCUAGUGUAGAGGAAGAAGAUGAGGAGUCCGAGGAAGAACCUCUUUCUGUUUCUCAGGAUUACAGAAGACCUCAGUUAGAUCCAAUUAGUGAAGCCAAGCUGUUAUCUUGUCUGGAUCAACUGCAUUCUAUUCUUGGUGAGAGCUUGCAUGAACCCACAGCUGUCACAGCAAUUAUACAAAGUAACUUUGACACAGAAAGGGCUCUGGAUCACAUUUUCAGUCAAGGGGGAAAACAAGACUUGAAAGCAAAUUGUCACCCUUCUGGGACUGAAGGCAUCUUCAGCACUCCAAGAAAAGACCUUGAGCUGCAGGUAAAACUUCAACAUCCUUUGCUAAAUCAUACAGCCAAUGGCAUCAAGAAGGAAGGAGUGGUGGAUUCACAUGUUCCUGUGGUUACUUCUUUGUCAGAAAAAACGGUUGUAGGAUUCUCAACUCCUCCAGUUGACAAAUCAAAAUUGAGGGAAAGUUGUUUUGUAGGGCAAGUUGAGGUGGAAACUGACCAAGCAAAAUUGACAGAGACAAGCAAGCAAAGAACAGCUGGAAAAAGCAGUGAGCAGUUGUUAGCUGAUGCAGAAAAAGAAUAUGACAAACAUCAGAAAGGAAAAACACUUCUUAAUUUAGUGGUCAUUGGUCAUGUUGAUGCUGGAAAAAGUACACUGAUGGGUCAUCUUCUUUAUCUUCUUGGAAAUGUCUCAAAAAAGUCUAUGCAUAAAUAUGAGAUGGAGUCCAAAAAAGCAGGAAAAGCUUCAUUUGCAUAUGCCUGGAUUUUAGAUGAAACUGGCGAGGAAAGAGAGCGGUAGGCCAUACAGUUUGUUACACCACCACCAUUUUCAUGUCACAGUGAGAGGCAAACACUUCACUCAUACUAACCAAGACAAAGUGAUUUUCAGGCUGAUGUUGCUGUAUUGGUAGUUGGCUCCAGCACUGGUGAAUUUGAGUCAGGAUUUGAAGCUGGAGGACAGACUAGAGAGCAUGCACUUCUGGUGAGGUCACUGGGUGUAACACAGAUUGUUGUCGCAGUCAACAAGCUUGAUAAUGCUCUCUGGUCAGAAGCUCGAUAUGAUCAUAUUGUGGGAAAGCUUAAGCACUUCCUAAAACAGGCAGGAUUUAAGGACUCUGAUGUUGUGUAUGUUCCCUGCAGUGGUCUCACUGGUGAGAACCUUGUAGGGCCUUGUGAAGAGCCCCUACUAUUGAAAUGGUAUAAUGGACCUUCCUUACUGGACAGAAUAGAUAAUUUAAAGGCUCCAAAGCGGGACCUUGACAAAGCCUUUAGGUUCUGUGUGUCAGAUGUUUAUAAAGGAAUGGGAACUGGAAUAAAUGUUACUGGAAAGCUAGAAGCUGGUAAACUUCAAAUUGGUGACAAGGUUGUUGUCAUGCCAGCAGGGAAGCAAGGACUGGUGAAGGGACUGAGUGUACAUGAUGAUCCAGUACAAUUAGCAUAUGCUGGCGAUCAGUUGACACUGGUAUUAUCAGGCUUGGACAUGAUGCAUCUUGGAGUUGGAAGUGUUUUGUGUAUACCCUCUUCACCUAUCAAGUGCACUACAAAACUGAGAGCUCGUAUUUUAGUUUUUAACAUUCGUGUUCCAAUCACAAAAGGAUUUAUGGUAUUGUUUCACUAUAAAACAUUAAAUGAACCAGCCACUGUGGAGAGGCUUUGUAGUGUCUUACACAAGAGCACAGGAGAAGUUCUACAAAAGAAGCCCAGAUGUUUAACAAAGAAUUCUAAUGCUGAGGUGGUUAUUCAAACCUACAAACCAGUUUGUGUUGAAUUGUAUAAAGACUACAAAGAUCUUGGAAGAUUUAUGCUGCGCUAUGGCAGUGAGACUAUUGCUGCCGGAAUUGUGACAGAGAUUCUAUAAUGACCAAGAACCGAUAACAACCAGUACACAAGUUGUUAGAGCCGCUAUUUAAGAAUGGUGCUGACAGGAUGCAGUGCAGUAUAGAGUGGAAAUGUGGAAGAUUGCAAUGAGUUUGUAGCAAUUUAUGAAGAAAUCCUCAUCGAAUUCAAACAAUUUUAAAGAAAUUGUAAUUAGAGAUGUGAAAAAGAAGCAAUAAAAUGUCAAAAAAA